AUGACUGAAAGACUUCACUUUCACGGGCUGGUCUCCCCUCUGGGGCUUUUGGACAAGUCACCUCCCUGCCUGUGCUGGAUCGCCCACGCGAGGCCGGGGCCCAGGCUCCGCGAGGUCUCGGGCAGCUCUGACCCCCAAGGUCUGAGUCAGACCCUCUCCGGGAACCGGGUAUCGGGCACCAGGCACCAGGUUGGGAAGACGCGAAAACAGCCUGCGCGCCAAGGAACAGGGCAGGUUUUCUGGGUGCGGCUUUGGCGGCAGGGCGGGGCGACCCGGUUCUCUGCGCCGCCGCCCUCAGCCCACCGCACCCGGAGCAUCCUAGCGGACCCCGCCAGCCUGGCGGGAGCGGCUCCCCAGGGAAGCACUCCUUCCCCCCACACCCCCACCCCGCCCCGCAGGCAGGACCACCGCCCACCCCGAGCCCGGGGCGGGCAGGGCCUCUGCGGCUCCCAAGCUGGCACCCGCCGCCCUGGAUCAUCAGCCCCGGUCGCUCGCGGAGUCUCCUCCCGAAGCCCCGGCCCGGAGGGAGAAGACGCCGAGAGCUAG